AGAUUUAACAAGUUAGGAGCAUAAUAAUGUAGUGAACUUGGGGUUAUCAGUUUUAGAAUUCUAAUCUCAGAAGAUUUCCAUUGUGAGCCAUUGCACAGAAAUCAGGAAUGGGAUUAGGAGUUCUUAUGCCACUCUGGUUGAGGGUGCUGAGGUGAUUAUUAUAGAGAUGCCUUCCAAGAUCCUGAUAUCCAGCGAUUCAGGGUAAUUGUGCACAUUGAUCUGGAUUGCUUCUAUGCUCAAGUGGAAACAAUGCAACAUCCUGAAUACAGAGGAAUGCCUUUGGCUGUUCAUCAGAAACAUUUGGUGGUCACUUGUAAUUAUGAAGCCAGGAAGUAUGGAGUUAAUAAAAUAAUGUCGGUCAGCGUAGCCAAAGACAGGUGCCCCCAUGUGAUCCUUAUCUGUGGAGAAGACUUGACACCCUACAGGGAAGUAUCAUAUCAAAUCACAGAAUUACUGGAGGAGUUCAGCCCGCUCGUGGAAAGACUGGGCUUUGAUGAAAAUUUUGUCGACAUAACUGAACUAGUGGAGGAGAGAUUGCAACAAAUUGGAAAUGGCGUUGUCCCAGCAGAUUUGUUUGUAUCUGGUCAUGUGUACAGUAACCAGGCAUUAAAUAUAGCUGAUGGAAAACAUGUUCGGCUGGCUCUUGGUUCAAAAAUUGGAGCUGAAAUGAGAACAGCAAUAUACGAAAGGAUUGGUCUCACCAGUAGUGCAGGAAUUGCAUCCAAUAAAUUGUUGGCCAAGCUGGUGUCAGGGACAUUUAAACCCAACCAGCAAACUACAUUGUUACCUGAAAGUAUCCAAGACUGUAUGGGGAACCUUGUGCAGCUCAAACAAGUGCCUGGGAUUGGUCCUAAAACUGUCAGGCGUCUUGAGUUUCUUGGAAUUCACACCAUUCAUGCUCUGCAAACGUUUCCAUUGGACCUGCUGGAGAAGGAUCUAGGAGUGUGCAUAGGUCAACGAAUACACAAGCUUAGCUUUGGAGAAGACAACUCUCCUGUUACCCCAAGAGGUCCACCCCAGUCCCUCAGUAAUGAAGAUUCCUUCAGGAAAUGUUCCUCAUUAGUUGAAAUCCGAAUGAAACUUGCAGAGCUGCUGAUCAGUCUUCUAAUCAGAUUGCAGAAAGAUGGGCGUGUACCACGGACUAUAAGAUUAACAAUUAGACGCUCUUCAACCACUAACAAAUGGUUCAAUCGGGAGAGUCGACAGUGCCCUGUUCCAAACCAAUUAAUGCAGAAACUUAACACAGGUGCCUGUGAACUUGUGGCUCCACUGGUUGAUAUCCUAAUAAAGCUGCUUCAGAAGAUGGUGGACACAAAAUCUCAGUUCUUUGUAAGUCUUCUGAAUGUAUGUUUUUCUAAUCUUAUGCAGCCCAUAUUGUCUUCCCCUAUCAGAGGAUCAAUUGGAUUCUACUUAACACAGAAAUCACCUGGAAAAUUAGACACAAGUCCAAAGGUAAAAGUAAGUAGACAGCUUCUCAGACAAUGGAAAGGGUCUGAGGAUGUUAAUUUAGGAGAUGCUACAAGUCCAUUGAAAAAGAUGGGAAAUUACCAAGAGUCUGCUUCAUUGACUACAGAGGGUGUUAAUCAUUCUGAUUCAACCCAGAUAUUCUCAAAUACUAAUCUACCACCUGGGAUUGACUUUGAUGUAUUUAGAGAACUCCCAGCUAAUAUCCAGAAGGAAAUUAUGACAGAUGCCAGUAGUUCACAGGAUCAGCUGAAAUAUCACAGUUGCCAAAAGCAAAGUAUUGAGAAAACAUUUUGUAAAGGCAACUUUAUCUUUCGGUCACUAACGGAGGAUCAGAGAAAAUGUUUGGUACCCCCUGACCCUGAGAGUCAUUCGUCCAUUUGUAGUGCAGUUAACUGUCAUGGUGCAGAUUUUUGCAGCAAGACGUCGGCUAAUCCUGGAGCCCAGUUAGAGGAGCGUGCUGUUAAUAACAAAUCAACUUCUGUGCAAGAUCCUCAAUCUCCAUGUGAAGCUUUACAAUCUGCUAAGAUGGAUCCCGAGGCACCCACCGAUCAAAAUUCCCCACCCUUCCCCACCAAUGUGGAUGCAAAGGUCUUCUCAGAAUUGCCAGCUGAACUUCAGAAAGAACUCCUGAGAGACUGGAAGCAACAAAGGACAGUGUUGAAGGCAAAUGUUGCUAAGCGAGGCAGCAAAGUCAAAUCCAAUGCAGGACCCAGACAAUCCCAAAAGACUCCCAAGUCCAAUAGUAUUCUUAAGUACUUUAGCAAAAGGUAGAACUCAGGCUUGAUUAAAAGUUGAUAUGUUUACACCACAAAACAGGCUUGAUUAAAAAAUGUUAUGUUUACACCACAGAACAGGAUUAACUUCUUCCAAUAAAAAUAUACAAUGCAGAACUGACAGCACCAGUACUAGAAAUUCAAACAGGUCACAAAUACUGCCAGUAGAGCAAAGGGGAAUUCUGAUUUCAGUGGGAAAUAUUCUUCUGAUGUUUAAAGCCAAAGGGUCUUUUCUGUAUGUAACAAUAUGCAGGACAUGAUUCCAUCAGUAUGUGCCAAAAGUGAAGAAACCCAAACCAGGUACUGACCCUAAAAUGUACUUUCUGUAUUAUUAUCUUCUUCCUCUUUCCAACUUUAAUGUUUCCUGAAUCUCUCCAGAGGGGACAGGCAGGCAGCUACUCCCAGAUACUAACAAUGCUGCUCAUGAUUUGGACAGUAAAGUUGUCACAAACCUAGGAAAGUUCUGACAGUAGGAAAUAAAGUCAAGUAUGUGCACACUGUGAAAAUGGUACUCCAAUCAAGAAUUACAUUCUUAAAGCUGGAAACAGUUGAAUCUCUCCUUAAAGCAGAAAUAUGAAUUUCCAAAGAAAGAAGUUGUUGUGUAUCAAUGUUCAAUGUUUUUACCUUUAAAAAUUAAAAAAUGACUAUAUUUGAACAUAAUGAUGGAAUAAAAUGACUGAAAGCAAUGUUCUUGAACACUGAAUGUUCCUAAACGUGGUGUUCUUCAAAGAAAACAUUAGAUCUGCAGUGGAAUUUGUGGUUUGUGUUGCAUUGCAUGUCAGUUGUUUCUGUUUGCCAUUGCAACAGAUGGUUGUGUUAAGAGUGUUGUUAUGAUUGUUAUAAACUCACUGUGUUUAUAAAAAUACAGUUAACUGAUUGAAUUGUUGCCAUUAAAAAUAUUGACAUGGAAAUGUAUGUAAAGCUGGGCUUUCACCAUUCUGUAGAAUUGCACUGAAU